AUGUCCCAAUCCAAGCAGGGCCGGCGGCGACGCUCCAGCAGUAUCAUCUACCAGGAACCUCCCGAGUCCAUCGAACACACCAGUGACCAAGCCGCCUUGCCCAACCUGAACGCGAAUUGGGUGAAUGCCAAGGGUGCCUGGACCAUCCACUUCGUCCUCAUCGCCGCCCUCAAGAUCUUCUACGAUAUCAUGCCCGGUGUCUCCCAGGAGACCUCGUGGACCCUCACCAACAUCAGCUACAUGUUCGGCUCAUUUCUCAUGUUCCACUGGGUGCGGGGCAUCCCCUUCGAGUUCAACGCCGGGGCCUACGAUAAUCUCAAUAUGUGGGAGCAGAUCGAUAAUGGCGACCAGUACACGCCGGCCAAGAAGUUCUUGCUCUGCGUGCCCAUCGUCCUCUUCCUCCUCAGCACCCACUACACCCACUACGACCUCACCUACUUCACCAUCAACUUCCUAGCCACGCUGGGCGUCGUGAUCCCGAAACUACCUUUCGUGCGUGCUCUUUCUUUUCUGUCCGAAUGA